GUAGUUGACUCAUUUCAAGUUCUGGUUGCUGCCAACAAAGCUGUGAGAUCUUUAACAGCUAAGAAGAUGGUAACUCGUUCAGUAUUUACCGAAAUCAUCUUUAAUCUGUCACCAUCAAAAAAUAUUACAUUAUCAUUGAAGAACUUUGGUUUGAGUGACAGUGACACGGAAAUCCUAGCUGUGGUGUUGGACCAGGAAUCAGGAGAGAAAGUUAAAACAUUAAAUCGUCAGAUAAAAGGAAAG